GCGUGCGGCUUGACGCAGCGGCUGAUCCGAGCCGUCGCUCCAGCAGCUCAGGCAGGGAGGGGACCGAUCCAGGACAGUAACCGGGCUGUACCGGGGAUAACCUGCAGCCUCCAUCCCUCAAAUGCUCUGAUGGAGUAAACCGGCCGACGAUGCGCUUUUAUUUACCCCCUCCGCAUCGAUCAUAGAAACGGUUCAUCUGGCACCCCAAUAAACCUUGGAGCCAAGGGGUCAGAGGUCUCUCACUAAAAACCCACAUCUGUCCCUCUCAUCCCUGCUCCCCACUUCACACUGAUUCCCAAUCCCUAGUCCUCACACUCUUACCCUUCUUCAAUCCAUUCCACCUACUUUUCCUCCCAAAUUUCCCUCACACCCUGAGAGAAUAGCCCCCCCAGCAACCAAGAGAUACUGGCUGCUGCACUUUUCAUGAGGAGAAAGAAGGUCUUCAGCAGACCAUCCUAGACAUCCCCUGUGACAUCUCCUCUCACUCCCAGGCGUCACGAUGAUGUGCGAGGUGAUGCCCACCAUCUCAGAGGACGGGCGCGGAGGAGGAGGAGGCUCGUCCUCUCCAGCAGGUGGUGCAGGCGGGAUGGGCAGUGGGAUAGGAGGCUACGGAAGUCGAGAUCUCCGCAGUGGAGGCAGCGGCGGUGGAGGAGGAGGGAGUGACGAAGGGGGAAGUACGGGCAACUUGGAGUCGUUGAUGGUGAACAUGCUGACGGAGAGGGAAAGGCUGCUGGAGAGCCUGAGGGAGACGCAGGAUAGUCUGGGGACGGCGCACCUUCGUCUACGAGAGCUUGGUCACGAGAAGGAGUCCCUGCAGAGGCAGCUGUCCAUCGCCCUGCCACAGGAGUUCGCAGUGCUGACCAAGGAGCUGAACAUGUGCCGGGAACAGUUGCUGGAGAGAGAAGAGGAGAUAGCCGAGCUGAAGGCGGAGAGAAACAACACACGGCUGCUCCUUGAACAUCUGGAAUGCCUGGUGUCCCGCCACGAGCGAAGCCUGAGGAUGACCGUGGUGAAAAGGCAGCCUGGAGUCUCCAGUGAGGUGGAAGUCCUGAAAGCCCUCAAGUCCUUGUUUGAGCACCACAAAGCGCUGGAUGAAAAAGUGCGGGAGAGGCUACGAGUGGCGCUGGAGCGUGUGGCGGUCCUAGAGGAAGAGCUGCAGUCUUCUUCCCAAGAGGUGGUGUCUUUAAGGGAACAAAUAAAACGAAGGCAGCAAGGACUAGACAACGGCAAAGAGCGGCUUCCCAACGGACCGUCCUCCAUCCUGGAUGACGCCGACAUGGACCGACAGAGAGAGGGUGAGAUCGAGCGGCAGAGGUCAGAGCUGGGGCAGCUGAAGGAGAGACUGGCUCUCAUGUGCAGACAGGUUGGAGAGAUCGAGGAGCAGCUGACAUCUGCCAGGAGGGAGCUGGCCCGUUCGGAGGAGGCCAACCAGAAACUACAGAGGGACCUGAAGGAAGCCCUUUGUCAAAGGGAAGACAUGGAGGAGAGAAUCACCACAUUAGAGCGCAGGUACCUGAGUGCCCAGAGGGAGGCGACGUCUCUCCAUGAUAUAAAAGACAAACUGGAAAAUGAGCUGGCCAGCAAGGAGUCUCUCCACAGACAGAGCGAGGAGAAAAACCGGCAGCUUCAGGAGUGCCUGGACGACGCCAAACAGAAGCUGCAGCAAACCCUGCAGAGGGCCGAGACGCUGCCUGAGAUCGAAGCCCAGCUCGCUCAGAGAGUGGCAGCGCUCAACAAGGCAGAGGAGCGUCAUGGCAACUUUGAGGAGCGGCUGCGACAGAUGGAGGCACAACUGGAGGAGAAGAACCAGGAGCUACAGAGAGCGAGGCAGAGGGAACGGAUGAAUGAUGAACACAACAAGCGUCUCUCUGACACUGUGGACAAACUGCUGUCUGAGUCCAAUGAGAGGCUGCAGCUGCAUCUGAAGGAGAGGAUGGCCGCUCUGGAGGAGAAGAAUGCCCUAUCUGAGGAAUUAUCCAACAUGAAGAAACUCCAAGACGACCUGUUGGCUAACAAGGACCAGCUGAUAGCGGAGCUGGAGCGUCUGCAGCUGGAGGUGGAUCAGCUUAGAGCUCGACCUGGAGGCUCCUAUUCCAGCCGUUCUUUGCCAGGCAGCGCCUUGGAGCUGAGGUAUUCCCAUGGAGGUGGAUCCCUUCCAACAGGCUCCACCGCUCACCUCGAUCCCUUCGGUAAUGCCUCUGGUGGAGGUGUUGGCAGACGCCACAGGGCCCGCUGGAGCACUGCCCAUGAGGACUCAAGCAAGUACCCAGACUGGGAUAGCGGGGCUCUGCUGGGGACCGGGUACGAGCAGAGCAUGGACGUGGGCUGCUCUGACGACGAAGAGGACGAACAUCGUUUUGAACUGCUUUCUCCCAGCGGACAGAAAGACGUGCAGACCCUGGCCAUCAUGCUGCAGGAACAGCUGGAGGCCAUCAAUAAGGAGAUCAAGUUGAUCCAAGAGGAGAAGGAGAACACAGAGCUGCGAGCGGAGGAAAUCGAAAGCCGGGUCAGCGUGGCGUUGGACAGCCCACCCAUCCCUCCCUCGUCCUUAGGCAGAGACAGCACAGGACGAGGCUUCAUUCCAUCGUCCAUCACGUCCUCCACCCUGGCCUCCCCGUCCCCCCCCAGCUCUGGACACUCCACACCUCGCCUGCCUCACUCCCCAGCCCGGGAGACUGACAGACAGAACAACAAAGAGGACGAUCGAUCCCUCGCUCUCCUCGACUCCACGCCUCCUCCUACUCCUCGUGCGCUGCGAUUGGACAGAAUGAACCUCACCCAUCCGGGUGCGUUGCUCGACGACCCCCGGGAGUUUCGGAGCCUUUCUGCAGAUGGCAGCAGCUCCAACAGCAGCCAAGAUUCUCUCCACAAGUCCAAUAAAAAGAAAAGCAUCAAGUCGUCAAUUGGCCGGCUUUUUGGAAAAAAGGAGAAGGGACGAUUGGGUCAACCUGGUCGAGAUGGAACCCCUUCUCUCGCAUCUACUCCCUCUGAAGACCUCGGAACUGGAGACGCAAUGGGGAUAAACAAGACAGGAACUCUUGGUCCAGCAGAUAAAGACCGUCGCAGCAAAAAGAAACAUGAACUACUGGAAGAAGCCUGUCGCCAAGGACUUCCAUUUGCAUCUUGGGAUGGACCUACUGUUGUUUCUUGGUUAGAGCUGUGGGUGGGCAUGCCAGCGUGGUACGUCGCUGCCUGUCGUGCCAAUGUAAAGAGCGGUGCGAUUAUGGCAAACCUGUCCGACACAGAAAUCCAGAGGGAGAUCGGAAUCAGUAACCCACUCCACCGUCUCAAGCUGCGCCUGGCCAUCCAGGAGAUGGUGUCCCUCACCAGCCCAUCUGCCCCAGCCAGCACACGCUCGUCCACCAGUAAUGUGUGGAUGACCCAUGCAGAGAUGGAGUCUCUGAACGCCGCCACCAAGCCUCCGGAGCUAAAGGAAUUCAGCUGGGAUCAGAUACUGGCCUACGGUGAUAUGAAUCAUGAGUGGGUGGGCAAUGACUGGCUGCCCAGCCUGGGCCUCCCCCAGUACCGCAGCUAUUUCAUGGAGUCCCUAGUGGAUGCUCGCAUGCUGGACCACCUAACCAAGAAGGAGCUGAGAGGACAGCUGAAGAUGGUAGACAGCUUCCACAGGGUGAGUUUGCAUUAUGGCAUCAUGUGCCUAAAGCGCCUGAAUUACGACCGCAAGGAGCUGGAAAGGAGGAGAGAGGACAGCGUCCACCAGAAUAAAGAUGUGAUGGUGUGGUCCAAUGAGCGUGUGAUGUGCUGGGUCCAAAGCAUCGGUCUGAAGGAGUACGCAGACAACCUCCGAGAGAGUGGAGUCCAUGGCGCUCUGCUGGCUUUAGAUGACACUUUUGACUACACUGACCUGGCCCUGCUGCUACAGAUCCCCAAUCAGAACACACAGGCUAGGCAGGUUCUGGAGCAGGAGUACAACUCCCUAAUCUCCAUGGGAACUGAGAGACGACCUGAUGAGGAUGGAACAAAGACGUUUACCCGCUCGCCCUCCUGGAGGAAGAUGUUCAGGGAGAAAGACCUCCGAGGUGUGACCUCCGACUCUGCCGAGACGCUGCCCGCAAAUUUCCGUGCCUCAGCCAUUUCCACCCCCUCCGUUACCCUGAGAAAGGUUCAGAGCGAUGUAGCCAGCUCUGGUGCCCGGGGUGAAUCUGCCUCAGUGAGGACGUACUCCUGUUGAGCUGCUGAGGGCUCCAACUGGUUUGGGACUGAAGGACCCUCUCACUCAUCAAUGAAGAAGGAAGCAAUGACUUUACUAUUUAACCUAAAAGUAAACCUGGCCAUUCUGCAAUAACAGUAGCGAAGGAA